CGGCCGGGGUGAGCGGCACCACCGGCACCAGCACGAUGCCAGUGAGCCUCUCCACAGCCCUGCGCGUUAUUGGGACCAGUCUCUUUGCCUUGGCGGUGCUGGGGGGCAUCCUCGCUGCCUACGUCACAGGCUACCAGUUCAUCCACACGGAGAAGCACUACCUCUCCUUCGGGCUCUACGGGGCCAUCCUGGGGCUGCACCUCUUCAUCCAGAGCCUCUUUGCCUUCCUGGAGCACCGGCGCAUGCGGGACGAGGGGCGGCCGGUGCGGCUGGGGCGCUCCGUGGCCCUCUGCAUCGCUGCCUACCAGGAGGAUCCCGACUACCUGAAGAAGUGCCUGCUCUCCGUCAAGCGCAUUGCCUUCCCCGACCUCAAAGUGGUGAUGGUUGUGGAUGGGAACGGCCCUGACGACACCUACAUGCUGGACAUCUUCCAUGAUGUGAUGGGCUCCGAGCACUCAGGCAGCUACAUCUGGAGGAGUAACUUCCAUGCAUGGGGAGAGGGAGAGACCGAGGCCGGGCUGCGGGAAGGGCUGGCCCAUGUCCAGGCGCUGGUGCGCGGCACCACCUACUCCUGCAUACUCCAGAAGUGGGGUGGGAAGCGGGAGGUGAUGUACACGGCAUUCCGGGCGCUCGGAGACUCCGUGGACUAUAUCCAGGUGUGUGACUCAGACACGGUGCUGGAUCCUGCCUGCACCGCAGAGAUGCUCCGGAUCCUGGAGGCCGACCCUCGCGUCGGGGGUGUCGGAGGCGAUGUGCAGAUCCUCAACAAGUACGACUCGUGGAUCUCCUUCCUGAGCAGUGUGCGGUACUGGAUGGCCUUCAACGUGGAGCGCGCCUGUCAGUCCUACUUCGGCUGUGUGCAGUGCAUCAGUGGGCCCCUGGGCAUGUACCGCAAUGCCCUGCUGCAGCAGUUCCUGGAGGACUGGUACCACCAGACCUUCCUGGGCAGUAAAUGCAGCUUCGGGGACGACCGGCACCUCACCAACCGCGUGCUCAGCCUGGGCUACCAGACCAAGUACACGGCUCGCUCCAAGUGCCUGACAGAGACUCCCACCCGCUACCUGCGCUGGCUCAACCAGCAGACCCGCUGGAGCAAGUCCUACUUCCGAGAGUGGCUUUACAAUGCCCUGUGGUUCCAUAAGCAUCACCUGUGGAUGACCUAUGAGUCUGUGGUGACCGGCUUCUUCCCCUUCUUCCUCAUUGCCACUGUCAUCCAGCUGUUCUAUCGCGGCCGCAUCUGGAACAUCCUCCUCUUCCUGCUCACAGUGCAGCUCGUGGGCAUCAUCAAAGCCACCUACGCUUGUUUCCUGCGGGGCAAUGCUGAGAUGAUCUUCAUGUCCCUGUAUGCCCUUCUCUACAUGUCCAGCCUGUUACCUGCCAAGAUAUUUGCCAUUGCCACCAUCAAGAAGUCCGGCUGGGGCACAUCGGGGCGCCGGACCAUCGUGGUUAACUUCGUGGGGCUGCUGCCGGUGUCGGUGUGGGUGGCAGUGCUGCUGGGCGGGCUGGCUUACACUGCCUACAGCCAGGACCUGUUCAGUGACACCGAGGUGGCAUUCCUGGUCUCAGGUGCCAUCCUCUAUGCCUGUUACUGGGUGGGUCUGUUCGCCCUGUACAUGGCCAUCGUUGCCCGGCGCUGCAGCAAGCGGCAGGAGCAGUGCGGGUUGGCCUUUGCUGAGGUCUGACUAUGGCAGGGGCUCUGUGCCAGGGUGACCAUGUCUGGUCCCUCCUUGCCCAGCACAGUGGGUGCUGAGCUGUUGGUGCUGGGCCGCGCUGACCGAACCCGCUGCUGUUUCUGAUCGAGUUUUGCUGUUUCUUCUAUCAUUGUUUUGGGUUUUUUCAUAUAUAUUGAUUUUUCUGUACAAAAGCUGGCUGCUGAAUGGGGAGAGGCCAAGCUGGUGCUGCUGGCACCAUGCUGGGCACAGCCUCGGUGCUGCGGGGGUGACAGAGGUGUCCCCCCACCAGUGCCAUACUGGUGUGCUAUGUGGAGUGCUGCUGGCCAGGCUCCCCCAGCCCCUGUGCCCUACACCCUUCGGUGCUUUCUAUGGGGAUUUCAUGGUCCAACCACCACGGUGCUAUGGCAAAAAGGUCCCACGUGGCACCAUGUGCCAGCACCACUGGCUGGUGCUGCCUCUGCCCCACGGCUGUUUUAUGUGUGGGCACAUACCCAGGGGAGCCCUCAUGGCUCCUUCCAGCCCCUUUUGGGGGUCUGGCUGCCCCAGGAGGGCAGCACCUCCUUCUAGCUUUGCCAAAGAGCCAAGGGGGGAUCCCAGCACAUGGAAAUCGGGGGCUGUGGCUUGGCCAGUGUCACUGCAGCCCCAUCAUACCAACCCUGCUGCCUUCCUGGCACCUUGUCUAGACAGUGGGGAGACGCUGGGUUUUGGGCUUUGGCAUGCAGAGGAGGGUGGGGAAGAGCAGGUUCCCAACCUCUCCCCUUCCUGGGGAAUUCACCUGGUCCUCUCCCAUGAGCCCUCUUUUUUUUCAGGGCUUCAAAACCUUUGUACAACUGAGCUUUUAGAUGGUUUUGUUUAAUUUAAUACAAGGUUUUCUAGGAGACUUUUGUAGCUCUUUGGUAUUCAGACUUGCUGCGAAUUGUUUGUAAAUCUAUUUAUUUUUGAACCCGUGGUUAUUAUUUUUUUCUUUCAUAUUUUGGAAAAAAUCUGUUUUUAUAUCCUGAUGGAUUUGUGAAAAUAAAGACUUGCACCGAGGAAA